AUGGUACAAUGGCUAAUUAUUAUUCUCGUUUAUAAUUUUGCGAUUCUGAAAUUAUCAUUGGGCGAAGUGACACUUGCAUUACGUUUGCUUCAUUAUAAAAAUCGAAAUGGUUUAACUUAUGAGAAUCGUGCAUGCGAUACAAUACUUGGCCAUGACAUUAACCGAGACGGUCGAUGUGAUACCGGCUUUUUAUUUUGUCUCGUACAAUUACCGUUCCAGAAUCCACAUAAUUGUACAUUAGGUGAACAUUUCACUGGUUUCGUUGGUGCUGAUGAUAUUCAUUUCAUUAAUAUUGAUCAACAAUUGACACGGCCACCAUUAACAUUCUAUAAUAAAAAACAACGAUCGUCGUUAAUUUCUCUUUGGUUUCAACCGACAAUUUAUUUUCGAUUUCCAUACCCAAAAGCUGGUCUUGGUGUCAUUGUCGAAGUUUAUGACAUUGACGAUAUCAACAAUCAAACAGUACACGAUUCCAUUGAUUUUUACGCAAAAACAUUAGUUGAUUUAAAAAUUCAACACUCACGUGAAGUCGCACAACCGCAAAGAUUAUUUCUACGCAGUCUCUUUGGAAUUUACACAAAUCUAACAGCAGAUUUUACGUUGUAUUGCUCUCCACAUUAUUACAAUCAUGAUUGUGAAACAUUUUGCUUACCGAAUGAGCAACGUUACGAUUGCGAUGUGAAUACUGGACAGAAGAUUUGUAAGCAUGGUUAUAUUGGACAGGAUUGUCUUAGUGACGUUCGUGCCUGUGAAGAUCGACCCUGUCUUAAUAAUGGCACAUGUGUCGUAUACUUUCGUGGUUAUUUAUGUCAAUGUCCACUGGGGUAUGCAGGUACUACUUGUGAAAUUGGACCGUCGAUGAUAAAUGUUGAUCAUACAUGUAACCGAACAACAUGUGUGCAUGGAUAUUGUUCGCGAAAUGGCAAGUGUAUUUGUCAUGAGAAUUGGACAUCAGAGAAUUGCAAUCAACGGCUUGUUCCGAGAACGAUUGAUUGUGCUAGUCGGCCAUGUUUGCAUAAUUCUACAUGUGAAGAUCAUGGUGAUCAGAAUUCAUCAAUCUAUAAGUGUCAUUGUCGGAACGGUUUUACUGGUCGAAACUGUGAAGUUGAAAUUGUUACAUCGUGUGAAAGAAUACCAUGCGUUCAUGGUCAAUGCAUAAAAAUUGAUCUUUAUACCGAACUUUGCAUUUGCGAAAAGAAUUGGAGUGGUAUCGAUUGUUCUCAAAGUCUGUUAACAUCGACAACGACUACUCGAACGAAUAUUUCUACUAAGAAGUCUGAUCGUGUGAAAACAACGUUAUCUAUGCAAACAUCAUCGAUAAAAUCAAUAAAAGAUUUAUCACAUGUAUCUGUAAUCACGGACCUUAGCGACUACUCGGAGUGGUUACAUGUCAAUUAUGGAAUCGAUCGAAAUAGAAAUUCGAGUCUACCAACAGCAGCACCUGCUUUGUUUCUCAAAACCAAAUAUUCACCAUGUUUGAGUGCACCAUGUCUGCAUAAUUCCACAUGUGUCAUUCAAUCUGAACAUCAAUUUCGAUGUAUCUGUUCACCAGCAUUUAUUGGAAUCUAUUGUGAAAUUGAAACAAAUCCAUGUGAAAGUUCACCCUGUCAGCAUGAUAGUAUUUGUAUUGCAAAAUCCAAUCAUGAUAUUCAAUGCAUCUGUCGACGACAUUAUACGGGCAAAUAUUGUGAACUUUCACAAACAUUUCAACCGGUUUCAUCUAAGUCGAAGUGUCUUCGUAUCUGUCAACAUGGCGGUAUUUGUUUGAUUGAUGAAGCCAACAAAGAACGAUGUAUAUGCAAAUCAACUUAUACGGGUUCCUUUUGUGAACUAACUAAAAAUAAUUGUACCGACUCUUUGUGUCACACUGAUCCAUGUUUAUCGAAUCCGUGUUUAUACAAUGGUACAUGUCAAUCAAUAAUCUCUUCAACAAAUUACACAUGUUCAUGUCAUGAACAAUAUACAGGUGAACGAUGUGAAUUUGCUCUCAAAUCAGAUCCAGUCGAUGCUUUACCACGUGAUAGUGCACUCAGUCAGGAUGAACCUAGUCCGACUGAUUUCUGGCCAUUAGCUAUUGUAUUUGGUUAUGUAUUUUCAUUAAUGUUAGUUUUUAUUAUCAUCUGGUUUCUAUGGUAUGGCUUAACGAUUCGUCCUCAAUCCCAUUUUCGUUCUGACAUACCAUAUGGCGAACGUCCUGCUGAUCGUUAUCAACCGUAUCGUUUAGGCGUCAGUAAUCCCUUGUUUUUCACGAACCAAGACUAUAAUCCCAAUCGUAUAUUGAAAACGUUUUCCAUUGAACGAGAUUUCGAUUCGUAG